ACCAUUCGGAGCUUGCAAUUAUAGUAUGUCGGUUUUUCGGUCGGAAUUUCGAUUCGGUUGAAAGAACCAUGGUUUCCGAAAUAUCCAUAUUUUCUUUCCGAAUUCCGAACCAAAUAGCAUUAAUUCGGUUUCGGUUCGAAUUAAUUCGAUUUCAGUUCGAUUCGGUUGGGGUUUACCGAACCGUUUGCCCACCCAUAUAAUUUGGUAUGAAAUCACACUAUUUCUAAAACACAAAUCUCACAUCCAUUCCCUAGAUUUCUUUUUGGAAAAUCUGAAAACAAAAUUCAUGGCUUUAUUUUAUGUUAUCCUCUUCUUAUUGCUUCCAAUUAAUACAUGUGAAAGUGAGACAUAAUGGUGAGGCGAAACAUCAUGAUGUCAACGAGCUAAACAAAGAAAACGGGCCUCCAACCUCGAAGUACAAAUGAUUCACGAGAGGCCCUGUACAAAUGUAACGUCUUUUUCAUGAUCAACACCGAUACAUCAUCUCAACUGCCCCAAUUAUCAUCUCUCAAAUGCUUGGUUCUCAAAAGCUUCCAAUUUUAUUCUUUCUCUCUAGCUAACAGAGUCCCCUGUUUUCAUUGACAAAAAACAGAGGAGGGGCUUCAGGCAGCCGGCGGCGGGUGUGAGUCAAAUCCGAUCAUGAUGACGGCGGCGGGACUCGCAGAUGGACGGCUGCGGCGAAGGACUACUCCGGCGGCAGUCGUAAUAAUCUGCGUCUACUGCUUUUUGUUGCCGUUUGGGUCGGCAGAAGGACGGUUGAGGCUGCCGGCUGAAAGGGUAGUCCACGAAAUGGAAAACUACCACUUGCUUACUGACCUCACAGCCGCCGGUGAUGGGUAUCCUGCCAAUCCGCCGCCGGUGAAUAAAUCGUUUUGGCAAUCCGAGCGAACCGGCGGCUACCAGCACGUCUGGCCGGAGUUCAGAUUGGGGUGGAAGGCAGUGGCGGCGGGCAUAAUCGGGAGCUUGGGAGCGGCGUUUGGGAGCGCCGGCGGGGUGGGUGGCGGUGGCAUCUUCGUUCCUAUGCUGACUCUCGUCGUUGGAUUUGAUCCUAAAUCCGCCGCUGCUAUUUCUAAAUGUAUGAUAAUGGGGGCAGCGAUAUCGACGGUGUACUACAACCUCCGGCUCCGGCACCCCACCAUCGGUCACAUUCCGAUCAUCGACUACGACUUGGCCCUUCUUCUCCAGCCGACGCUCAUGCUCGGAAUCAGCCUCGGCGUCGCUUUCAAUGUCAUAUUCGCCGACUGGAUGGUCACCGUUCUUCUCAUCUUCUUGUUCAUCGCAACAUCAAGAAAGGCGUUCUUGAGGGGAGUUGAGAUAUGGAAGAAGGAAACGACGAUUAGAAGGGAAGAGGCUAGUCAAAUUAAAUCAAGGAGUAAUGCUAAUGAAGGGGAUAUCGAGUACAAACCUCUUCGUGGUGACCCUCAAAACGACAUUCAUAAAACAGAGGUUUCGAUUCUAGAGAAUGUACGCUGGAAAGAACUUGGACUGCUUGUGCUCGUUUGGGUUGUAUUCCUCCUCCUCCAAAUUGCAAAGAGUCACACGAGCAGCUGCUCUACAAGCUAUUGGUUGCUCAACCUCUUUCAGAUCCCAGUGGCAGUUGGUGCAUCAGGGUACCAUGCUGUCACCUUGUACAAGGGCCACAGAGUGAUUGCGUCAGCAGGGGACGAACCGGGUGACGCAAAUUUGAAGAUGGGCCAGCUUUUGGGCUACGGAGCCUACGGGAUGCUGGCUGGAAUUGUGGCUGGGCUUCUUGGGGUCGGAGGAGGGUCCAUUAUGGGCCCGCUCUUCCUGGAGCUUGGAGUUCCUCCUCAGGUUGCAACUGCAACAGCCACAUUUGCAAUGCUCUUCUCUUCAUCCAUGUCUGUUGUGGAGUACUACCUCCUGGAUCGUUUUCCGGUCCCCUACGCUCUUUACUUGAUGGUCGUGGCGACAAUGGCUGCUUAUGUAGGACAGCAUGUGUUGAGAUGGGUGGUUAGUCUUCUCGGGAGGGCAUCCAUCAUCAUCUUUAUUCUAGCAGCCAUUGUAUUUGGCAGUGCUAUCACACUAGGUGGUGUAGGCAUAUCGAACAUGAUCGGAAAGAUCCAGCGGCACGAGUACAUGGGAUUCGAGAACCUCUGCAAAUACGAUGCCUAGUUAAUGAUCUCAGUGUGGCGUAGGUUAGAAUUUUGUAGUGCUUCAAUCACAUCGUGUUUAUAAUAAAUAAAAAAUUUCAUAUUCAACCAGUGCCCUAUUUGUAUAAAAUUCACAGUCCAAAUAGGAAGAUAUAACGUGAAUGGUCAUAUAAAAAUUUUACAUGUCUUACCACUUGAUUGAAGAUAGACAAUUUUUGACUUUUUGUGAUCCGACCUCUACAAAUACGAUGCCUAGUUACUCAUCUUAAGCACGCAAGUUACUUUAUCUUAGUGCUUCAAUCGGAUGUCAUAAUUAUUGUUGUUAAAAGUAAAAUAAUAGAUUCAAUCAACAUCGUAUUAGUAUAAGUAAUCACGGCAUAAACACACGAUAUAAGAUAAAUAAUCAAAUGUGUUGUGAAAUAGCAAGGAAGAGCAACAGACAUAAGAGUAAGAGUAGAGACACAAAAAGAGUGGGGGAUAGAGCUUUCUUAUUCAUGUAUUCCUUAGUACAAGGAGAUCAUAUAUUUAUAGGCAUACAUCACAUAACCCCUACAUUCUUACAAUAAAUAUACAUGAAUGUGAGAAUGAAUGUGAAAUAGAAAUGGGGUGGGGGGUUACAUGUAACACCCAAUUGUGCAUCUAAUGUGUCAUAUGAAGAAAUAAAUAUAAGGAGAUGAGUUACAUAGAACUUGUAACAUACCAUGGAGCAUCUAAUGUUGGUCAUCCAUAAUGAUAAUAAUAUUUUCAUAACACUCCCCCUUGGAUGACCAUUAGACAUGAAUAUGCCUCGUUAAAACCUUACUAGGAAAAACCCUGUGGGAUAAAAUCCUAGUGAAGGAAAAAGAGUACAUAAUCAUCAUAAUACGCUAUUUGAAUCUGCCUCGUUAAAAACCUUACCAGGAAAACCCAGUGGGAAAAACCAUGGUUAAGGAAAAAAAGAGUGCAGUGCGUAUAUGCUCCCCCUCAUGACAACAUCAAUAGUGUUGUGAACAAAUCUUUCAAAUAUUGUCAUGGUAAGCUUAUUAGUGAACAAAUCUUCUAGAUUGUCACUUUAUGCAUGAUCCAUUAGGACCAUUUUCUUCAUACAUGAUCUUCAAGAUCAUUUUCUAUGAAUAUAAUCCGCAACCACAAGUCAUUUAGACGUCUUGAAUCACAAAUCUUAACCAAACAAUUCAUAACAAGUCUCAUGAAUUGUUGACCAUUGUUCAUGAUCAGAUGAUGUUGUUAUUGUGAUUUCUUUGAAAUCUCCAUGAGAUACUUGUACGACCAUGAGUAAACAAAUUACUUAUCUAUGAUCCUCAUCGUUACCAAUAGGUAACAAAGUAUAACUUAAUGAAGUAUAGCAAUAUACAUUUUUGCUCUAACGACAUUGGCAUAUGGUACUUCAGGACCUAAUAACUCGCUUCUAUCUCAAGGCCUAAAUUGAUCUUUGUUCACUUCUAGUGACCUUAUGAUCAUUUGGCUAUUGAACGUAUGCAAUUUUUCCAUACAAAAUUGUUCUUUCACUUUUCCGACAUUGUCGUCUUGAUCCAAAAAGAAUCUUCUUAAAUCCUCCAUGUUCAAUUUUCUUUCUUUAAGCAAACCAUGCUUUAUGAAGCUCUUCUGGAGUUCAUAUCAACUAAAACAUAUGAGAUCAUUAUAAAAUAAUGUCUCGACUCUUUUCUUCCAAAUAACUAUAAAACUUAGCUAACACAAUUGUAUGCAAACAAUUACUUCAUAACACAAGGUCACAAGCAAAAUGCACGUCAUACACACAACAUCACUUAACCAAACCACAUUCAUAAAUCAAACUCAUAACUAAAAUCACAAUAUCACG